AUGACUCGCACUCAGCGCUGGUAUGCAAGAUUCAAUAAGGGUUCGCACUUCAACUUAAGGUGCAAGAAUUGGUGUCAAGCUCAAUUUAAAGGAUCUCGGAAGCCGUUUGGUCACUGCAAUGAGAAUUUGGAGUACUCAUCACCCGACUGGACCAAUGUAGAUCAAGACAAAGAUGGGUCCACCUCCACGCAACCACCACCACCGCCACCGCCCGACGACGUCAAUCACCCAGACCCCGCCGCCGCACCACCCCCUCCCCCAUUCUUCCUCUUCUUCCCUCUUCUUCUUCCUCCACCACCCCUGCCCCCCUCCGCAAUCACCACCACCCACCGCCGCCACCAACCGCCGUGUCCCACCACCCUCAUCCCCGUCCCAACCCUCUACCCCCCUCCCCUACCUGUCACGAAGACCCUGCCCCCUAACCCGCUGCCACCGUCGCCGCGCCGGACGCCACCACCACCACCCCCAGCCGCCUCUCUGCCCCAUUCUCCUUCUUAG